GGACCCGCCUCGCGUCUGAGCUGACCCACUGCGCGUCUGCCAGUCAGUCCCUCCGCACCUGCCGCGAGCCUCAGGCUGCCGAAAUCACCGCGCCUCACUCGCCUCGACAGUGAUUCGGAAUCUGCUUUUAGCUUCCCUUCGCCUGCCUUGGCUUUUUCUGUUCCUGAACAGCUGUUUGGCCCAUAGCUUAGAGAAAGCAGCCUUUUUUCUCUCCCAAGAGAACCUCCUCCCUGUGCUCAGAGAGAUGGGGAGUGGGGAGCCUAAUCCUGCUGGCAAGAAAAAGAAGUACCUCAAGGCCGCCCUGUACGUGGGUGACCUGGACCCAGAUGUCACGGAGGACAUGCUCUAUAAGAAGUUCAGGCCUGCUGGCCCUCUGCGCUUCACUCGCAUCUGCCGUGACCCGGUGACCCGCAGCCCUUUGGGCUAUGGCUACGUUAACUUCCGCUUUCCAGCGGAUGCUGAGUGGGCGCUGAACACCAUGAACUUUGAUUUGAUUAAUGGCAAACCAUUCCGCCUCAUGUGGUCCCAGCCAGAUGACCGCUUAAGAAAGUCUGGAGUUGGCAAUAUAUUCAUCAAAAACCUGGACAAAUCCAUAGACAAUAGGGCCCUGUUUUAUUUGUUUUCAGCUUUUGGGAACAUUCUCUCCUGCAAAGUCGUGUGCGAUGACAACGGCUCAAAGGGUUAUGCCUACGUGCACUUUGACAGCCUUGCUGCUGCCAAUCGGGCCAUCUGGCACAUGAACGGAGUGCGGCUCAACAACCGCCAGGUGUAUGUUGGCAGAUUCAAAUUCCCAGAAGAGCGGGCAGCUGAAGUGAGAACCAGGGAUCGAGCGACUUUCACCAACGUGUUCGUUAAAAACUUUGGAGAUGACAUGGAUGACGAAAAACUGAAGGAACUUUUCAGUGAAUAUGGACCAACAGAGAGUGUUAAGGUAAUAAGAGAUGCUGGUGGGAAAUCCAAAGGCUUUGGAUUUGUGAGAUAUGAGACCCACGAGGCUGCCCAAAAGGCUGUGCUAGACCUGCAUGGAAAGUCCAUGGAUGGGAAAGUUCUCUAUGUAGGGCGAGCACAGAAGAAAAUCGAACGCCUGGCUGAGUUAAGGCGCAGAUUUGAACGGCUGAGAUUAAAAGAAAAAAGUCGGCCUCCAGGCGUGCCUAUCUAUAUUAAGAACCUGGAUGAGACCAUCGACGAUGAAAAACUGAAGGAGGAAUUUUCUUCCUUUGGAUCCAUUAGCCGAGCCAAAGUGAUGAUGGAAGUAGGGCAAGGCAAAGGGUUUGGCGUGGUCUGCUUUUCCUCUUUUGAAGAGGCUACCAAGGCAGUGGAUGAGAUGAAUGGUCGCGUGGUGGGCUCCAAGCCUCUGCAUGUCACCUUGGGCCAGGCCAGGCGCAGGUGGUGAGAGUAGCCAUGCUUGAUUUGUUUCAGCCUUAGCUGGUGCCUACUUAGUUUGGGCUCCUUUGUGUAAGGGGUUGUUUUAUGCCAAUUCACAGGUUUUUUUAAGUGAAUCCUUUCUUUGGAAAAAAAGUGAAACUAGAAAAUUUUGUUCAUUUAGUGAAAAACAUAAUUUCUAAUUGUAAAAUUGUCAUUUUGUACUAUUUUUUGAUAUAAUAUCCUUAGGAAUAUGUAGAAUAAAGUCUAUUUCUCCUUAUUUUCUUUUCCUGGACAGUCAAGGUGAGGCAAUCGAUUGAACGUAUUUCCCUUUUUAUUUCAUUUUAAUAUCUUCUAUGAAAAUAUUUGCCACAUGGUCCUUACUUCUGAAUCUAUCAGUGAAACUUCUAACUUGUUUAUUGAGAAAUCAACAGAGCAGAGGUAAAUGUAUGUGAUCCAGUUAGCAUCUGUGUAUUAUUUCACUUUAAAUUAUUAUUUAAAACAAAUGUUCUUUUAAAAAUAUGU